AGAUAAUAGAUAUGUUAUUUACCUCUGUAAUAAAUGUUUUUUUCUAGUUUCUGCCUUGUCUCGUCUUCGUCAGCUUGAUACAAGAUUCAACCCUCUCUCUACUCAUCCUUUACACAGGAAUUUAACCUGUUCCUGGUUCAAUGUAGACACUCUAAAUAUUCAGUUUAUUCUUGACACCUUACCUUUAUCAAAACGAGAAAUGAGUCAGGUCGGAUCCUCAAGACUAAUAGUAAGUCCUGGACCUCCAGUUGACCUGAGUGAAGGGUUUGACCUUGAAUCAGCUUCUGCUAGAGGUUCAAGGGAGGGCAGCAUUGUUUCAGGGGUCACAGUUACAACAGCCGUAGGAGAAAAACAGCGACGUAAAAAACGUCGUCGACGAAUUCGUGAGGCGCCAAUUUCUGACCAUCCUUCCGAGACCGAGUACACGACUACUACAGAUGCAGAACCAGUUUAUGUACAGAGAAAGGACUCCCCUGAUCCUGUGAAACAGUUAGAACAGCUACGAGAGAAGUUCGGUGAAGAUAACUGGCUGAGAGAGCAGGCCGGAGCAACUUUAAACCAAAUACUUGGUUUGCCUGCAGUACCACAAACAAACACUAAGAAUCCUGAUCUUCUCUUCAAACAGCCCUCUGCGGACGCAACUGCUGAACAGAAACCAGAAAUCAAAACUGGGAAAAAGUUAAAAACAAAAAAAGAAAUUAAGACUGAUAGUUGUGAAAGUCCGUCCCCUGUGGAGUGUGUUGCCCCUCCUGAUACCGUCCAACCAGCUCAGCCUCAAGUACAGGUAGAAGCUCAUCAGAAACUAUCUCCAGCUGCCCCGACUAGACUUCAUAAAACAUCUAAAUCUUCUCUCGGCGGUGACGAAAUGACGGAUAGUUUCUACUCAAUGUAUCGCCGAACUGAGAAAGAGUCGAGCCCGGCAGGCCCUGACAGAGAAUGUCGUCUUUCAGCGGAGAGAGUAAUUCCUGGAGACGAUAGCGGGGUUGGGGAGAAGCUGGUAUUAACCAUUGAUUCUGAGUAUAUUCGUGAGCAGGGGGAGAAGGGAGGAACCAGGGUCAAAUGGUUCCUUCAUAGUCUAGAAGGAUGUGACAUGCUGAAGUGCGAAGGUGGGCGGAUAACCGCACAUCUUAGGUUUAAUACGGUGCGGCGGGAUCGGCGGGAGAGAACUUAUAUCUUGUCUGAGGAGGGGUAUGCCAGGCUGGUUAGUGCAACAGGUAGUCUUCUAGAAGAACUAGCUAGAGAUAUGGGUAGGUUGACCCAUCUACAAUGUGUCAAAUGUCAGAGUAUAUUUAGCCAGGAACUAGAGGCAGGGCGACGGCGGAAAAAGAAAUUAGAGGUUUGCUGUAUAAACUGUGGGUCUAAUAUGGUGAUAGAAUGUGAACCUCCUCAACUUAUCGAGGAUGAGGUGGCCGUAGGUAUACCUGUCUGUGAAGCCUUAGAUCUAGAUGCCAUGGACCAGCAGACUGUCGCACUUAGGCAUUUCAUUAAUUUUUAUUGGUUUUUUUCUCUUCAUUAUCUGCGUCCCAAUUUUGUUUUAAAGAAUCUUCAGGUAGAAACAAAUUAAGAUUGCUAAAUGUAU